AUGUCGAUUACUCAAUCUUUACCAAAUCUUGAGUUUCUUGUAAUAAAAGACAAUGGCUUUGAGGGAACCAUAUGGGAAACAGGUGAGGAGCAGUUUCAGCGACUAAAAUUCUUGAGACUUGAAGAGUUAAAUAUCAAACAAUGGGAGGCCUCAAGUAUCAACUUUCCAUGUCUUGAAGAAUUAGAGGUGGUGAAUUGCAUUGAUCUUGAAGAGAUAUCCCUUGAAUUAGGGGACAUCUCAACGCUUAGUUAUAUUGAUGUUUUAAAUUGUGGUGCUUCUCUUCUUGAAUCCCUUCGACAAUUUCGACAGGAGCAAGAUGAUAUGGGAAACUAUGAACUGAAGAUCAUAGUUAAUGGAAGGAAAAUGUCCUCUUGUGUGCCCGAGAAUGAUGAUUAA